AUGGCUAGCACAGUUAGGUCUCACAAAGGACUAGUGACCAAAAAGAACCAAAUCGUCCGGGCAUGGCUAGAGGAGUCGACACAGUUCCUUCAAAAUGUGCAGCAAACAAACACACAACACGAACACAGCAAAGAGCUGGCGCUAGCUGUGUCGAUGUGCGACGAAUAUCUACAGCUUCUAGAAGUCUCAUUGACUAAACUCACAGAAGCUUUUGAUAAACUCGAAGACACCACGGACGAGGACGAAGACAAAAUUGACAAGUACAUAGAGAGCAUAGAAGAAACCAUUGUCGGACUGCAUGCGCACAGGUCAAACCUCAAGAGAACACUGCAAGAGGAUAACACAGGAAGUAGCAAUCAGAGAUCUUCUUCGACCGGCAAACCAGCAAUAACCUGCACGUUAUGUGGUGGUGAAACCGAGAAGGAGAUAUGGGACCGCUAUUGGUCCUUAGAAUCAACCGGUACAGAAGAAUACGCGGGCACACAACAAACGGAGCUACAACGAGUAAACGAGAAAGUUUUGAAAAGAUUCAAGGAAUCCAUCGAAAAAAGGGACGAUGGAUACUACGUACGCUUACCCUGGAAAGAAAAUCAUCCAGAUCUUCCGGACAAUAAAGCACUGGCUCUGAAAAGACUGAAGAAAGUUCUAGAGAUAUACCAGAAGGAUAAUGAGAUUCUCCAAGCAUACGAUAACACUUUCAAAGAUCAACUAGAAAAAGGUGUUAUUGAAGAGAACACAGCCAGCACGGACGACAUGACAGCAGAGAUACGGAACAAUCUAUAUGUAGACAACCUCUUCUUUGGUGCACAGUCGUCCCAUGAAGCGCUUACCAAAUAUGUCCAUACGAAAAAUCUUUUCCGCGAACUCAAUAUGAACCUCAGGGAGUAUCGCUCUAACGACGAAAGCUUUAAUGAAACCAUCGAAGAAAGCGAUAGGAUGCAAUCCACGUGCCCCAAGGUGCUAGGCAUCCCAUGGAAUUCGGAGAUGGACAAAUUUGUUAUUAAAGGAUCCAUGGGAGUCGCGAAAGAAAGGAUUACUAAACGCACAGUCACGCAGCAAUUAGCGUCGGUAUACGAUCCACUGGGAUUACUGGUACCUCUACUACUUCCUGCCAAAAUCUUCCUGCAGUCUUUCUGGAAGGAGGAAUUGGAAUGGGACACCACCCUCAACCCAUCACUGCAGGAUCAAUGGCGACAGAUAUCCACCGAGAUAUCGACUUUCUACAAAGAGGUACACAGACAAAUUCUUACAACAGAUAAGAAGACACGACUGGUCGUAUUCACAGACGCUGGUCAAUGCGCGAUAGCGGCAUGUGCGUAUCUCGCUACGGAAGAUGAAUCCAAUCUCGUCAUGGGAAAAUCAAAACUACCGUCAAUAAAGACGUCAAUGACUAUACCAAAAUUAGAAAUGAACGCAGUCACGCUCGGAGUACGAAUGUCCCACUUCAUCUGCACAGAACUACAAUCCGUUUGCAAGAUUGAAGAAGUCAUAUACUACACAGACUCCGACGUAGUGCUGGGAUGGAUAAAAUCCCCUCCAACUCGGCACAGCGUAGGAGUCCUAGUGACGAAUCGAUUAACGGAAAUAAGACACAUAAUCGGAAAUCUCGAAGACAGGAAUAUAAAGUGUUUCUUUGGACAUGUCAAGACGUCAGACAAUCCCGCUGACUGCGAAUCCAGGGGGCUAACAGCGGAAGCACUGAGUGACCACACAUGGUGGAAAGGACCAAGCUUCAUAAACAAAGUGGAUUACGCUACACUUACCGAAAUAAAGAAAGAUGAAGAAGCAAUAACAGCGACAAUGAACUCAAUCCACAUAUCUACAGAACGAGUCAAUGACCAAAUAAUAGACCUGACUAGAUAUAGCUCUCUUGAGAAGGCACAGAGAGUAUUGGUCUAUGCACUACGCUUCAUAGGAAAAUCUUCUAUUCACUUCACCGAAGAAAGGAAAACAGAAAUUCAAAGGAACAUACCGGCAUUGAAGGCGAUGUCAAGAUCGCAAAACAUCACAGGAGCAGAAAUGCACGAAAGCAGAAUGUGCAUAAUUCGAGACCAUCAGAAACACUACGUGGACGAGCACCUCAUAAAAUCACAAAAGGAGUUGAACAUCCGUGAAGAUGAGCAAGGAGUAUUACGCUGUUACGGACGACUCAAGAAAGCCGAUAUAUCACUAACGGCAAGAACACCGAUAUAUAUCGCACCAAAAACAGCGCUAUCGUAUCUCAUCAUCACAGAGACUAAAUGGCAUGGCUUUCCAGGUCGAGAUCUACCGCGCAAGAGAGCCAUAGGGGAAGAUUGA